CGCGCCGCCCCCCCGGCCCCUCUCGCUUCCUCCCGCCCCGCGCCGCCCGCCGAGACGCCGCCUCCCGGCGGAGGCUCCGGGGCCGAGCGACUCCUCCCCGUCCGGCUCCUCCCGCGGCGCCGCGGGAGCGCGGGGGGCGGCGGAAGAUGGCGUGGGUGCUGAAGAUGGAUGAGGUGAUCGAGUCCGGGCUGGUGCACGACUUCGACGCCAGUCUCUCCGGCAUCGGGCAGGAGCUGGGAGCCGGCGCCUACAGCAUGAGUGAUGUUUUGGCACUGCCUAUUUUCAAACAGGAAGAUUCCAGCCUUCCACCAGAAAAUGAGGCCCAACAUCCACCCUUCCAGUAUGUUAUGUGUGCUGCGACAUCUCCAGCAGUAAAAUUAUACGAUGAAACUCUUACGUACUUGAAUCAAGGUCAGUCCUAUGAAAUACGGAUGCUGGAUAAUCGGAAAGCUGGAGACAUACCAGAGAUCAAUGGCAAACUGGUGAAGAGUAUUAUAAGAGUUGUGUUCCAUGACAGAAGGUUGCAAUACACCGAACACCAGCAGCUGGAAGGAUGGAAGUGGAAUCGCCCUGGGGACAGACUUCUUGACUUAGAUAUUCCUAUGUCUGUUGGAGUCAUUGAUAUCAAGACAAAUCCAAGCCAGCUCAAUGCAGUUGAAUUUUUGUGGGAUCCAACAAAAUGUACAUCUGCUUUUAUUCAGGUCCAUUGUAUCAGCACUGAAUUUACCCCUCGUAAGCAUGGAGGAGAAAAAGGAGUUCCUUUUAGGAUUCAGGUUGACACUUUCAAGCAGACUGAAAAUGGAGAAUAUACAGAUCAUCUGCAUUCAGCCAGCUGUCAAAUUAAAGUUUUUAAGCCAAAAGGAGCAGACAGGAAACAGAAAACAGACAGAGAAAAGAUGGAAAAGCGAACUGCACAUGAGAAGGAAAAGUAUCAGCCUUCCUAUGACACCACCAUUCUCACAGAGAUGAGGCUUGAGCCUAUAAUUGAAGAUGCAGUUGAACAUGAGCAGAAAAAGUCCAGCAAGCGGACUUUGCCAGCAGACUACGGUGAUUCUCUGGCAAAGCGAGGCAGUUGCUCACCGUGGCCUGAUACUCCUACGACAUUUGUAAACAAUAGCCCUACUCCUGCUCCAACUUUUACCUCUGCUCAACACAAUACCUACAGUGUCCCAGACAGCAAUUCUUCCUCCCCAAAUCAUCAAGGAGAUGGAACCUCUCAAGGGUCUGGAGACCAGCUUCAUCCUUCAGCCACAAUCCAGGAAACGCAGCAGUGGUUGCUCAAGCAUAGGUUCUCUACCUAUACAAGACUUUUUUCAAAUUUCUCAGGUGCUGAUUUAUUAAAGCUGACAAGAGAAGAUCUGGUACAAAUCUGUGGUCCAGCCGAUGGAAUUCGGCUCUAUAAUGCACUGAAAUCCAGGUCUGUGAGGCCCCGUCUAACCAUCUACGUCUGUCAGGAGCCAGUAAGGAGCAUACAACUGGAAAGACAAGAUGCAGGCAACGGUGAUAGCAGCAAUGGUGCAAUAUAUGUUUAUCAUGCAAUCUACUUAGAAGAAAUGGCAGCCUCAGAAGUCACACGCAAGCUUGCUUUGGCAUUUAAUAUUCCUUUGCAUCAGAUCAACCAGGUUUACAGACAGGGUCCCACUGGCAUCCACAUUCUUGUUAGUGAUCAGAUGGUUCAAAACUUUCAGGAUGAAAGUUGUUUCUUAUUCACCACGAUAAAAGCUGAAAAUGGUGAAGGCUUCCACAUAAUUCUGAAGUGAUGCCACACGACUGCUUGACUGAUACUCCAGUGCUGAACGAAAUCCUGCCUAAUAUGAAGAUCAUCCAAGAACUUAGGAUCUAGCUUCACCGUAUAAGAUGUUUCAUAUUGAAAACACAAAAUGACCUUUCUAAUGAGCUGUUUGAUAGGUGAACUUUCUUGUCACUGCCAUAGCUACGUGUCCUCAUGAGAGGUAUAAUGCCAUGACAGCUUACGUACAGGCAUGGACGACAAUGUAAGCACAGGUGCUUGCCCUUCAUUGAAAUAAGGCAAAUCACGGCCAGUAGAUACAGGUUCUAGAGGUGAAACACUGUUGCUUCUCUGUUACCUGUAUCCAGUUGGAAAUGAAUGUAAACUUAUUUGAGGGCAUUUAGCUUUCUGUGCCAGUUUGUCUGUGACUUGCUUGUACCUUACGCUGGUUUUAUUUUUUGAUGUUAGCAGAGCACAUAUUAAUCUGUGUGGAGAUGAGUAGUUAAGCUGAUAGUGAUCAGGUUGUUGGGUCUCGGAGAGUAAAGCUGUCACAACAGCUUCUGUGUAAAUUGUGUAUAAGAGUGUAUGUAAGAAGUGUAAAUGCCAGAAUAGGGCUUGGAAGAAGCCCUAGACAGAUGCAAUAUAUGCAUGCAGCAAACUGCAUUAUUAAUAGUACCUUAUUGGAGGGAUUAAUACAAAUCCUAUGGGGUACCGAGUAAUUGUGUUUUGCUUUAACAAACUUAAUGGAAAAGAAUUGCCUAUGCAUCCUUUAUUUUUUAGUUUCCUAGGUUCUCUGCAGAGCGCCGCUGCAGUUUAACUCUUUGCUUGUAAGGUGUGGGGUUGCACCACGCUGGCAGUGAGGUGGAUCGUCCUGACUUAACGCACUUACAGGGCAGUUACCCGCAGGCACCAGGGGCUGCUGUUGCUUUCAUCACCACCGAGCAGCCGGCCCAAGGAACACUGAACGCACAGCCUGGGAGCCUCCCUAGCAAACCCUUGCUGGAGGCACUGUUCUGGCUGAGCGUAGUUCCUUUUCUGUUGAGUGUUUGCCCUCAGAUCCAUACUGUACAGCUGGUACAGUGCCUCCUCCAUCUCACCACGCUCUCACUCGGCUCUGAGGCAGGCAGCGCGCUUUCUCAGCAUUCUGGCUAUUUCUUGUAAAGACGUGGCACGGCAUCUCCGGCGUUAACGUUGUUCCAGCUCUUUAGGUACUCGGAAGGGAAUGCUACAGAAGGUAUCGAAUGACGGUUUCUCAUCUGUCAUUUUGUGCCUUUGGAAGUUUCCACCUUGUUCUCUGGCUUAAAGCUUGGCAAUACUUUGCUUUUUAUGCUGCAGUGUUCACUGUAAACAACUACUACAGCAUGUAAAAAAGCAACUUUGUUUUUUUGUUCCCUCUUUCAUAGCUGGCUCAAGUGCUUCGCAGAAAAGCUUUUUAAACCUGUAGCGUUUUGAAAAUUAAAAUUCAUCAAAGCUAGAGUUUCUUUCCUAUUCCUUCUGCACUGAAAAUGAAACUUUCUGUACUUUUCUGCCUAUAAGUUGUUCAUCUUGGGGUAUUGUUUGAUCCUACUAUUUUCUUGAACUGACAACAGUCUUUUCAGCUCAAACCACAUUCAAAUCCAAAUGUUUUAUGAAAGAUUGAUUGGAAAGUAUCCAAAUAUCGUCUAAUUUUAAAGAAUAUUGAAAGUUGUACAGUAGUUUGUCCAGCUCACUUGAAAUUGGAAUUAAAUUAUGGCACCAGCAAAUUGCUUUUGUUUUUUAAUAAGAUGUACACAUUUCAAUUUAAGUAUAAUAAAUGUUUUUCAAUAAUUUUGUAAA